UUCAGAACAAGAAGAAACAAGAAACCCAACAUAGGGAAAAACGCAUUCUUCUUCAUCUUGUUCUUCUCUAAGCUCCAAAGUUUAAACCUUUUCUCAUUUGGGUCUCAUCCAACACACCUAUUUCUUCUUCCAUGUUGUUCUGUUUCUAGAACAGCAAUGGUUGAAGACAUGUGUUUUCUUUACAAGGAUAUUCUUGUUAUAAAGCCUCCGAAGAAAUCGCCAAUGUUGUUAAGGACGGCGGUUUUUAUGUUUUCAAUGGUCAGCGUCAUUUUUAUCUUCUAUGUCUGUAGAAAGCAGAUAGGCACCGAAGUGAGGACUAAAUUUAUGGACUUGAAUGUCAUUGAUAACCUUACUCGAAGUAUAGUGAAGCAAACGCAUAUUCCUGACAUACUACAUUAUCCCGAACCUUUAUCCUUUAACAGGAAUGAGUGUGCUCCUAAUCCUGUCAUGUUCUUUGCAAUAUUGUCGAAUCAGAGAUCUGGCAGUGGGUGGUUUGAGACCCUUUUGAAUAGUCACAUUAAUGUAAGCUCGAACGGCGAGAUAUUUUCUGUUAGAGAAAGAAGGCAAAAUGCUUCUUCAAUUUUGCAGACUUUAGAUAGAGUAUACAAUUUGGACUGGCUCAGUAGUGCUUCCAAGAAUGAGUGUUCUGCCGCAAUUGGCUUCAAGUGGAUGCUUAAUCAGGGAUUAAUGGAGCACCAUAAUGAAAUAGAGGAAUACUUCAAGCGUAGAAGUGUUUCUGUCAUAUUUCUUUUCAGGAGAAACUUACUACGCAGGAUGGUAUCUAUGCUAGCCAAUUCCUACGAUCGCUACGCAAAGCUAUUGAAUGGAACACAUAAAUCUCACGUACACUCUGCAGAAGAGGCUGAUAUUCUUUCAAAGUACAAGCCUGUCAUAAAUUCUACAUCAUUGCUGGUGGACUUAAAGGAUAUGGAGACGAAAGCUGAAAAGGCUUUAAAAUACUUCAAUAGCUCUCGGCAUAUGAUCCUGUACUAUGAGGAUCUUAUGAGAAAUCACACUAAGCUAAAUGAUGUGCAAGAGUUUUUAGGAUUGCCGCAAAUGGAGUUAACGAGCCGGCAGGUAAAGAUACAUAAAGGACCAUUAUCGGAUCAUAUUCAGAACUGGGAUGAUGUUAACAAGACGUUGACAGGAACCGUUUAUGAGAGUUUCCUUGAAGCUGACUAUUAACUCUUUAGUCUCUUCUAACCAACCAUAGACAAAGUUGUACAUAUCAACUUCACUUCCUAUGUAGCACCAGUGACACUUCUGAUUAAAGACAUGUUUGGUGUCCGACAUGUAUCAGUGUCCAACACUUCAUGAAAGAGUUUGGUUUUGGUUCUGGAACACUGCCUUGGUGUUUCUGAUGCCUUUGCUUGUCACCACCUCCUAAUUGAUGAAAUGAAUGCCUAUGUUCAUUAUAAUCCCUUUUACUUUUCAUCUCUCACUCUGAGUGAACAUGUAAUUUUUGCCAUCGUAACCCAAUUAAUUUAUGUAAAGUAGAGCAUUUGUUUUACUCAACAAAUUUUCUGUGAUUAGUUUAUUUAUACCCUUUAUAGAUUGAA